AUGUCGCGGCUUGCCGACUACUUCGUCAUCGUUGGAUACGAUCAUGAGAAAGAGCGAACUGGAUCAAGGAGUGGAAAAAUUAUUCAAAGAUUUCCCGAGAAAGACUGGCCCGAUACACCUUUCAUAGAGGGAAUAGAACUGUUCUGCCAACCGCAAGGAUGGUCCCUUUCUACCAUCCGACAGGAGCCACAGUUUUUCGUUUCGGUUCUCACCGAUAUGGACGGCAACCGGCAUUAUUGUGCAUGUCUGUGCUUCAACGAAACCAUCGCCAUCACACCGAGCAAACCGAUCGACGAAGAGGAAGAGGACGACAAUCUAUCACCGUCGGGCGGUGGAACGGGUGGUGGUUUACUGGCAAACAGUGGGCCACCUUCGAUCACCCACCAUAGCAUUAUGUAUGCACCGAAAUGUCUCGUGAUCGUGUCACGAUUGGAGUACAUUGAAGCGUUCCGCAAUUGUCUCGGCACGAUCUACACGGUGUAUUUGGAGAGCCUCAAAUUUCAGCUCCACUAUUUGAUCGGUAGCAUCCUUGGCUGUAUACAGGUUCCACCGCCCGGUGGACCUCCGGUACGUUUUUCGAUCGGUGCGGGCGAUAAACAGAUCCUGCAGCCUCCGAUUUCAAACACACUGCCCGUUACGGGUUCAUGCGUCAGCUUGCUGUUCCAUCAGUUGGGUAUUAAGAACGUAAUGUUGCUGUUUUGUGCCGUCAUGACCGAGCAUAAGAUCCUGUUUCACUCGACCAGCUACACGCGCUUAACCGACAGCUGUCGGGCAUUGACGGCGCUAAUGUACCCCUUCCGGUACAGUCUUGUCUACAUUCCGAUACUGCCUGCAUCGCUGCUGGAAGUACUUACCAUGCCGACAACGUUUAUCAUGGGCAUCCACAGUUCGCUUCGGUCGGAAAUCAGCGAAAUAUUGGACGUGAUCGUUGCCGAUCUCGAUGGAGGAUCAAUACACAUUCCCGAGUCACUCGUACCACCAAUCGCCCGGUUACCGGCUUCGCUUUGGGACUCAACCGAACAUGCUCUGCGGACGGUUUUGCAUCCGGAACUAGCAUUGGCUGAUCUCGCCUUUCCCACAAAUGGGUUCAGUUUUCGCGAGCAAAAGAACGACAUCAUGCUUGAUAAGGAGAUAAGAGCAGUUUUCAUGAGACUUUUCGCGCAACUCCUGCAGGGCUAUCGAUCCUACCUCACACUGAUUCGGAUUAACCCCAAGCCGAUCAUCCAGUUUCAUCGAGCCGGUUUCCUCGGGGCCCGGGAACUAGUGGAUUGUGAAUUUUUGUCGCGUGUGUUGGACAGUAUGUUCUUUACCGGGUUUGUGACGGAACGUGGCCCACCGUGGCGUGCAUGCGACGCAUGGGACGAGCUGUACAGCACAAUGAACGACCUACUGAAAUCCGAAUCGCUAGACUCCUCGCUAGUGCUGGUUCAUAUACAGGAUCUGGCGAAACAGUUGUACACCAACGAGUACCCGAAUCCGCAAUCGUUUCAGCAGAAAAUAUUGCGCCCUCCGGAUGGUGCUUUUGCUAGAAUUCAUCAACCACCGAUGCCGCUGAUUGACGCACAGGAAGUGCAAAAUGUUAUCAACGAUGGGUUGCAGGCGAACGAUUUGCAGUCCCGUAUGCAACCGGUUCGGGUUAAGCUGCGUAUCGUACCGAUGGGACCGUAUUUGAAACCGGCUCCACAAGAAUCGCGCCCCAUCGUGAAUAAUAGUGCGCGCAAGCUAGAGGUGCUGCGAAACUGUAUCAGUUGCAUCUUCGACAAUAAGAUAACGGAAGCACGCAAAAGCUUCCCAGCGGUGCUGCGUAUACUGAAGCAGCGCGAAGCCCGACUUACUAUGUGCCGCGAACUGGCAAAGAUCGGACAGGGCAACAAGCAACUCGAUCACCAGCAGUUUGAUCUCGUGAUCAAGCUGAUGAACCGUGCACUACAAGAUGAUUCGGCGAAGGACGAGUAUGGCGUGGCGGCCGCAUUGCUUCCAUUAUCGUCAUUGUUUUGCCGUAAGCUCUGUACGGGUGUGAUUCAGUUUGCGUACACCUGUAUCCAAGAUCACCCGGUGUGGAAGUCUCAACAGUUUUGGGAGGAUGCGUACUACCAAGAGGUUCAGACGGCGAUCAAAGAACUUUCUCUACUUUCACAAUCCAUUUCGCGCGAUAAACUCGACCGAGCUUCGAUGCUUACGCGGGCUCAAGAACCGUCGGCGCUGGAAAUAGCGGCUGAUCAGAUGGGUAAGUGGGCUACGAUGGAUUCGGUGACACAGAAGGAACUUACGAACAAGGAGGAAAGUACGCUGUACAGCCAUGCCAUUCACUACGCUUACCGGAUGGUGUACCUAUUAAUUCCGCAAGAUGUUGGUGGUGCCGUGGGUCGGGUGCAACGUGACAAGGACGGUCGCCAUCUCGAGGACGAUACGAGCGUGUCGAAUAGCGUGAUCGAAUCGCGCAGCCAUAACAGCGACCACAACAGCGACGAAGGAUUCGAAGAGCACGAUCCCGGUGAAACGGGCAGUGCGGUUACGAAGAUGGUGUGCAAGUUCAUCGAUCGUGUUUGCACCGAGGGUAACGUGACCGCGGAGCACGUGCGCAAUCUACAUCAGAUGGUACCUGGUACGAUACAGAUGCACAUCGAGACGCUCGAGGCGGUUGCACGCGAAGCGAAGCGUAUACCACCGAUUCAGAAACCGAAGUUGCAGUAUCCGGUCUUGCUGCAGGAUGAAAAGAUCAUUGGUGAGCUGCGGGCGUAUUUGUUGGCGGACGGGCGGGAAGAUAAGGAAGGAGGUAGCAGUGGCACGAUGCUCCCGGCAGAGGGAGCUCUAUUCCUAACCAACUACCGUGUGGUGUUCCGAGGAUCGCCUUGCGAUUCGUACUCUUGCGAGCAGAGCGUAGUCCGGGCGUUCCCCAUUUCAUCGCUUACAAAAGAAAAACGAUUGACGGUGAUAUACCUGCAGCAUCUCGAGCAGGUGCUGCCAGAAGGAAUGCAGCUGCGAUCUUGCACCUUCCAGCUAAUUAAAGUCGCUUUCGAUGAGGAAGUACCGCAGGAGCAGGUGGACGCAUUUCGGAAAGCCGUGCAUAAGAUACGUCACCCGGAAGACGAGUUUGGACAUUUUGCGUUUGCCACGCACGGUUUGGCGCAUCCCGCCCUUUUGCCGGGUCAUAAAGUGAAGGAAAAAAAUGCCACACUGAAGGACUUUGCGAAGAAAACAUUAUUGCGUACGGCAAAGAAGGCAGGCUUCAAACAAAAGACAGGCGCUACGAAACGGAAAUAUAUACUGCCAGGUGCGGUUGAUUAUGACGAUGCAUACGGUGGUGGUGGAAUGAACGAGAACAACAACAACAACGACGAUGAUGACGUCUCCGACGAUGGUACGGAUACACUGCCACGUGUUCACGUAAAGGACGUGGAACGGUUGAAAGAGCGAAGCUAUGUUCGUGACUGGUUACGGCUGGGGUUGGGCGAUGUACAGACGACAGGGUAUCGUAUUUCUCCCGUAAAUAGCAACUACAGUAUCUGUCGAACGUACCCGGCAAUGAUAGUUUGCCCGAAGGAAGUGUCGGAUGAUUCGCUUCGAUGUAUGGCACGAUGCUACAAACAGCACCGUAUACCGGUGGCGACGUGGCGACAUCGUAAUGGGGCCACGCUGUUGCGUGGUGCCGUGCCACAAGCAAAGGGCGUGAUGGGGAUGCUUAAAGGGCAUCCAGGUUCAGCGAAUACAUCCACUGAUAGUACAAGCUUCCAGGAGCAAGAUCGAUACUUCGUACAGGUGAUCAAAAUGACACCACAUACGCGCACGAUUCGGCAUCAAGCGUGGGGUGGACUGUCUGACUCCAAUAUUUCACUUGAUUCGCUCGCCCUGGCUGCGAACAAUCUGCCGCGAUCGGAUAUUUCUACCCUAACGCCUGAUGUUGGCCGCAAGCAGCAACAUCACUCGCACCAUGAUGGUGGAAACAGCAGUGGUCACGGUGGCCCUGGUGGUGCUGGACAAGGAGGGCAACAGGCACAUUACGCAUUCCAGCGCGUACCGCUAUACUUUCUGGGCGAGAAAUCGCAAUCCAAGUCAGCGAAGUUAUCGGAAAUGUAUGCAGAAUUCAUUCCGGUCGAUUACACUGACGUGCGACAUUCCCGAACUGCCUUCAAGAAACUAAUGCGAGCCUGUCUACCGUCAUGUGAUACGAACGAGCCGGACCAAACAUUCGCGAAACUGGUUGAACAGUCGGAUUGGUUGCAACAGAUUCGUGGCCUACUGCAGUUAUCGGGAGCCGUUGUUGAUCUGAUGGAUUUACAGGAAUCCAGCGUAACACUGGCACUCGAAGACGGUUGGGACGUAUCGGCGCAAAUAUCAUCCCUAGCGCAGCUAUGUCUCGAUCCGUACUACCGCACGAUUGAGGGCUUCCGAGUGUUGAUCGAGAAGGAGUGGCUUGCGUUCGGCCACAGGUUUGGUCACCGAAGCAAUCUGAAGCCGAAUUCAAGCUCCGGUUCACCGUUUGCACCAACGUUUUUGCAGUUUUUGGAUGCGGUGCAUCAGAUACAGCUUCAAUUUCCUCUCGCAUUCGAGUUCAAUGAGUUCUAUUUAAGGUUUCUGGCGUACCAUCAUGUGUCUUGCCGGUUUCGAACAUUCCUGUUCGAUUGCGAGCUGGAGAGGGUUGAUUUUGGCAUAACUGCGAUUGACGAUAAGCGGGGCUCGCUCAACUCACAUCACAAACACGUCGUAGAAGCGCUUACGAUUUCCGAUGACGAUAAUCUGAUCUAUCACGGCAUGGUAAUGGGUGGUGGUAGAAACACAAACACGCAAAAGUUUGGUCCCUCGCUCUUUGACUACAUUGAGCGGCAGCACGCAAAAUCCCCAAUGUUCUACAACUUUAUGUACACCCCCGAUCCGGAACGCACAGUGCUGCGGCCGCAGAGUUCCAUUUCGGUGUUGGAGAUUUGGUCGUACUAUCUAGGCGAGGAACUCGCCCAAGGACCACCGUACGAUCCCGAGCUGGUCGGUAGUGAUAAUAUGGAGGACGACUGUGCUCUAAUGCUACGACAGCCAAGACGGCGUGUAGUGACCGUUAAUUAUGAUAGUUUGAGCCGUUACGAAGCGGACGCGUUCACAAAGUUGCUGGAUGAGUUGAAAACGGCCGAGGCUGAGCGGGGCUUAUUGCCGCAAAAGUGGCGCCAGGUGUGGGAUAAACUGGAACCACCGCACUCAGAUUCACUGACCCGGCAUGCAUCGUUCAGCAGUGCUUUGGUCCGUUCGCAUGGUCGAUUGUUACACAAAAGAUCCACGCUGGAAAUUCUAAUGCGCGGUCGACAGGCUGGAUUUCAUCAGGAGAAUUUCUUGCAUCCACAUCGCUUUGAAAAGCACGUUUAUUCGGCACCGGUCAAUUGCAAUCACUGUGGUAACGUUCUCUGGGGUCCUCUACUGAACGGUUUAAGAUGCGUUGAUUGUGGAAACACCUAUCACGAGAAGUGUGCGGAAUCGGUUCCGAAGAAUUGUACCAAAUACAAAGCAGUCGAAGGUGGCAAUCAACCGACGCUACCACGAACGCAGGGCGAUAAUAAUAGUGUAACGUCUAGUGUAAACACGACAAAUACCAACAGUCAGCAUUAUUACGAACAGUAUGAUAGCAAGGUUGCUGACGAUCGUACACACGAAGGCUACCUCUACAAACGCGGCGCAAUCUUAAAGAACUGGAAGCAACGUUGGUUUGUGUUGGACUCGCACAAGCAUCAGCUGCGGUACUAUGACACGACGGAUGAUUGCAGCUGCAAGGGCUACAUUGAACUGGCUGAAGUACAAUCGGUCGCACAAGCACCUCCCCAAACAGCACCAGCUCCUUCGAAGAAGUUUGAUGAUCGAGCAUUUUUCGAUCUCAAAACUAGCCGACGAACGUAUAAUUUCUACGCCCAGGAAGCAUCCAGUGCCCAGGAGUGGAUCGAGAAAAUCCAGGCUUGUCUGCAGUAG